AUGUUUGUUCUGUUUUUUCUUUUGAGAGUUGUAAAUGUCGCUUUAGAGUCUUCGCAUCCUUUGGUUAUGGGUAUAGGUUUACUGGUUUUAACAGUUAUAGCGGUAAGGUUGGUGGUUUGAUAUGGAAGGUUUUACGGUUUUAGGUUGUUUAUGGUAAUGGUUGGGGGAGUUUUAGUAGUUUUUUCUUACACUAUUUCUUUAGUGCCUUAUAUUAGUGAGAAAAAAUCAAAAAUAAGGUCUGAAGUUAGAAAUUUUUAUGAUUUCUUAAUGGUGGUGUUAGGUUUAGGUUUUUUCUGUUUAGUGGUUAUUGGUCUCACAAUAAAGGAAAAUUUAAGGAGAUUUGGUUUAUUUAGAAAUAUGUUUUAUUAUACAGAGGAUUGGUCUUUAGCUACGGUAUGAAUAAGAAUUUUAUUGUUUUUGGUAAUAAUUUUUUGUGUUAAUGUUGCUGGUAAUUAUAAGGGGGCAUUGUGUAAAUAG